AUGUUAAAAAAUAAUCAUAUAUUUAAACAGCAAGAAGAAGUUAAAUUGGCACAAUGCCAAAGAGAUACUUCAUUGAUUGAAAAACAAUGCCAUUGGCCUAAAUUACCUCUCUUGACGCAAUUGCCACAAUUUUGCAAAAAUACCAAGGUUUAUUAUUUAUUGAAAAACUUCACUUUUCAUAAUUUAAAACUCUAAAGAAUACACAAUGAGGAAAACAGCAAUAUGAAUGCUCUGAAUUAUUUUUGAUUUGAAAGGAUCAGAAUCUAUUCAAAAACACCACAGCGUCGCAAAAUCUGCAGACUCUUCAAUGCUGCCGCUCCAAGCUGAAAUCAGCUACUUGUAGCUUACAGCAAUUGAUUGAAAUUAUUGUACUAAUAAUACAGCGCAGAGCAGGCACUAUCGCCUCUAAGCUUUUGAUUUUAAAGAUUCUUCGUCUAUAG